AUGGCAACUCCGUUGGAGUCUCUUCUCGCCAUAUCUGGCUCAGUCUCUACACCCUCCACAUUAGACAGACUCCGGAUCUUCCGCCAUGAAAUCCCGGAGACUCUCCAGAACUCCGAUAUGACACCUGAUGUUGCGUCUGUUCUGGUUGACAUAAUAUUCCAAACGUUGGCAAUAUAUGAUGACCGUAGCUCACGUGUAGCUGUAGACGAUUUGAUUGUAAAGGGCUUGGCAAAUGAUACUUUUAUGAAAAGUUUUGCGGCCAUACUUGUACAAGUUAUGGAGAAGGAGUCGAAGUUUUGUUUUAAUCCGGUCUGUUACAGACUACUAACCUGGUCAUGUCUUCUUUUGGGAAAAAGUCUAUUUGCGACAGUUUCGAAGAAUGCAUUUGUUAGAGUAGCAUCAACACAGGCUUCACUACUCAGUAUCGUUACGGAGAACUCUUUCCGCAUGCAGAGGGCCUGUAAAAGAUAUAUGUUCCAUUUGUUCUCUCAGUCUCAAGCUAUCUACAAUUCAUAUAUGGACGAAGUUAAAAAUUCCCGGAUUCCAUACAAGGUUACCCCUGCGUUAUUAGGACUCCUGAUUGAGUUUUCGUGUUCAUCUCCUGCUAUAUUUGAACAGUCAAAGGCAAUAUUUGUUGAUAUAUAUGUUAAAGAUGUCCUGAAUUCCAGAGAAAAGCUGAAACCAGAUCUUAGUAAAUGUUUUCAACCCCUUCUUCUGCGAUUGUCACAUGAGGAUUUCCAAACUGUUAUCCUUCCAGCAGCAGUUAAAAUGUUGAAACGCAAUCCAGAAAUUGUCCUGGAAGCAGUUGGAUUUCUGCUAGCUAAUGUUAACAUUGAUUUGAGCAAGUAUUCCCUGGAACUGCUACCAGUUAUAUUACCACAAGCUCGGCAUACUGACGAAGACAGGCGUCUUGAAGCUUUGUCAGUGGUUAGGUGCUUAAGUGAAAAAUCAAGUAAUCCCGAUACUUUAGAAGCAAUGUUUGCGUCAGUAAAAGCUGUAAUUGGAGGUUCUGACGGAAGGCUUCAAUCUCCACAUCAACGAAUUGGAAUGGUAAAUGCAGUUCAAGAAUUAGCAAGUGCUCCUGAAGGAAAGUAUAUUGGUUGUUUGUCGAGGACAGUAUGCAGCUUUCUCAUAGCCUGCUACAAGGAUGAAGGAAAUGAAGAUGUGAACCUUUCAAUUUUGUCUGCCCUUGCUCUCUGGGCGUCACGAUCUUCUGAUGCUAUACAACCAAACUUAGUUUCUUUCGUUGCUGCCGGUCUUAAGGAGAAAGAAGCUCUAAGAAGGGGGCACCUCCGCUGUGUACGGAUGAUAUGCAGAAAUCCUGAUACCAUAUCACAGAUAUCAGACCUGUUAUCCCCUUUAAUUCAACUUGUAAAGACGGGAUAUACAAAGGCAGUUCAACGUCUGGAUGGGAUAUAUGCUCUGCUGAUCGUUUCCAAGAUUGCUGCCUGUGACAUCAAAGCAGAGGAUACAAUGUUGAAGGAGAAAUUAUGGACUUUGAUGUCUCAAAAUGAGCCUUCACUUGUGCAAAUUAAUUUGGCCUUAAAACUAUCAAGUUAUGAUUGUGUAGUAUGCGUCGACCUUCUUGAGGUGCUCCUCGUGGAACACUCCUCCAGGGUUUUGGAAGCAUUUUCAAUGAAAUCACUAUCACAGUUGCUUCUCUUUCUACUCUGCCAUCCAAGCUGGAAUGUCCGUAAAUCAGCUUACAAUUCUGUUACAAAGAUUGUUCACGCAACUUCACAGCUUGCCACUACCCUUUUAGACGAGUUCUCGGAUUUCCUUUCCCUAACUGGGGACAAGAUCGCGUCUUCUAAAACUAGUGACACAGAUAAUUCCGUGAAUCAUCAAGCUCCUCUUGUCCCUUCUGUAGAGGUGUUAGUGAAGGCUUUGAUUGUCAUUUCAUCGGCAGCAGCUGCUGGAUCUCCAAGCUCAUGGAUUGAUCGUGCAAUAUUUUGCUCGCAUCAUCCAAGCUUAGUUGGUACUGGAAAAAGAGAUGCUGUUUGGAAGAGAUUUCAAAAGUGUCUCAAAACUUGUGGUUUUGAUGUUGCUACUUUUUUGUCUACCAAUGAAGAAAGUGUUUGCAAGAGCCUGCUUGGACCAAUGGGUUUAAUGAGUCCAAAAACUCAUGAGCAGCAAGCGGCGGUAUAUUCUUUGUCCACAUUGAUGUCUCUGGCACCAGAGAAUACAUUUACAGUAUUUAACAAGCAUCUGCAAGAACUUCCAGAUCGUCUCUCUCAUGAUAUGCUUUCAGUGACCGACAUUAAGAUCUUCAUGACCCCUGAGGGGAUGCUUUCAAGCGAGCAAGGUGUUUAUGUUGCUGAGUCUAUUGGUGCCAAGUACACAAAGCAGGAGACGAUUUCUAGCCAUUCUCUAAAGAAAGGAUUGGUUAGUAGAGAUGCUACAAAUUCAGGAAGAAGGGACACUGCGAAGUUGACGAAGAAAGCUGACAAAGGAAAAACUCCAAAGGAAGUGGCACGAGAACAGAUGCUCAAAGAGGAGGCCUCUACACGUGAAAAGGUUCAAAGGAUACAAAAAAAUCUGUCGUUGGCGCUUCAUGCUCUUGGGGAGAUGGGUCUUGCUAAUCCUGUGUUUUGUCACAGUCAGUUACCUUCUUUGUCUAGGUUUUUGGAUCCUUUGCUGCGAUCACCUAUCGUUGGUGAUACAGCCUUUGAGAACGUGGUGAAGCUGGCAAGGUGCACAGUUCAGCCACUGUGUAACUGGGCCUUAGAAAUUGCAACUUCUCUGCGUUUGAUCGCGGUUGAUGAAGUUGAUGCUUCAUUUGAUUUUCCUUCAUCAGUUGACAAGGCUGGGAAACCAUAUGAGGGUCUUUUUAAGAGGAUUGUCAAUGGGUUAUCCUUAUCUUGUCAAUCAGGCCCACUUCCUGUAGAUACCUUCACGUUCAUCUUUCCGAUACUUGAGCGAAUAUUAUUGUCAUCAAAGCGGACAAAACUUCAUGAUGAUGUGCUUCGUAUUCUGUACAUGCAUCUAGAUCCAAUGCUGCCACUUCCAAGACUCCGGAUGAUAUCAGUUCUUUAUCAUGUGCUAGGUGUUGUUCCUGCAUAUCAAGCAUCAAUCGGACCUGCGCUGAAUGAAUUGUGUCUUGGAUUGCAAGCAGAUGAUGUCGCAAAUGCACUAUAUGGAGUAUAUUCAAAAGAUGUCCAUGUCAGAAUGGCCUGCUUAAACGCAGUAAAGUGUAUUCCGGCUGUUUCCAAAUACUCGCUUCCUCAGGAUGUUGAUAUAGCAACAAACAUUUGGAUAGCUGUACAUGAUCCUGAAAAGUCAGUUGCUGAAACAGCAGAUGAUAUAUGGGCCCGUUAUGGUUAUGAUUUGGGAACUGAUUAUUCAGGAAUUUUUAAAGCACUUUCUCAUAUAAAUCUCAAUGUCCGUUUAGCUGCAGCAGAAGCAUUGGCUGCUGCUUUGCAUGAAAGUCCGUCGUCAAUCCAGCUAUCACUUUCCACCCUAUUUUCCUUGUACAUCCGUGAUGCUACCUCUGGUGAGGAUGUCUCUGAUGCUGGUUGGAUAGGCAGGCAAGGAAUUGCCUUGGCACUGCAAUCUGCUGCCGAUGUGUUGACAACGAAAGACCUUCCUGCUGUUAUGACUUUUUUGAUAUCCCGGGCUCUGGCUGAUCUCAACACUGAUGUUCGUGGAAGGAUGAUCAAUGCUGGAAUUAUGAUUAUUGAUAAGCAUGGGAAAGAAAACGUUUCAUUGUUGUUCCCCAUCUUCGAGAAUUAUUUAAACAAAGAGGCAUCAGAUGAGGUGGAAUAUGACCUGGUUCGUGAGGGUGUUGUUAUAUUCACUGGAGCAUUAGCAAAGCACUUAGAAAAAGAUGAUCCUAAAGUUCAUUCUGUCGUGGAAAAGCUGUUGGAUGUGUUAAAUACACCGUCAGAAUCUGUUCAGCGUGCAGUAUCAACAUGCCUUUCUCCACUUAUGCCAUCAAAGAAAGAGGAUGCCCCCGCCCUUGUUUCUAGGCUUUUGGAGAAGCUAAUGAACAGUGAUAAAUAUGGUGAGCGAAGAGGAGCAGCUUUUGGUCUUGCGGGAGUUGUUAUGGGCUUUGGGAUUUCUAGUUUGAAGAAAUAUGGCCUUGUAGUCACUUUGCAAGAAGCUCUUGUCGAAAGACAUUCUGCAAAACGGCGUGAAGGAGCACUACUUGCAUUUGAAUGCCUCUGUGAGAAGCUUGGAAAAUUAUUUGAACCGUAUGUUAUCAAGAUGUUACCAUUGCUUCUGGUCUCCUUCUCUGACCAAGUCGGGGCAGUUCGUGAAGCAGCAGAAUGUUCUGCUCGAGCUAUGAUGUCUCAUCUAUCCGUAUAUGGUGUGAAACUUGUCCUUCCUUCCCUACUCAAGGGACUUGAAGACAAAGCAUGGAGAACAAAGCAAAGCAGUGUACAGCUCCUCGGAGCUAUGGCAUUUUGUAAUCCUCAGCAACUGUCUCAAUGCCUUCCUAGGGUGGUACCAAAGCUAACAGAGGUUUUGACGGAUACACAUCCAAAAGUUCAGUCAGCUGGGCAGUUGGCACUUCAGCAGGUCGGAAGUGUUAUAAAGAACCCAGAGAUAUCCUCUCUUGUCCCCACUCUUCUGUUGGCCUUAACAGAUCCCAACGAUUACACACGACAUUCUCUUGACAUCCUUCUUCAAACAACAUUCGUUAAUUCUGUUGAUGCCCCUUCACUUGCACUAUUGGUACCAAUAAUUCAUAGAGGAUUGAGAGAAAGGAGUUCUGAAACAAAAAAGAAAGCUUCUCAAAUUGUCGGCAAUAUGUGUUCUUUGGUGACAGAGCCAAAGGAUAUGAUACCUUACAUAGGAUUGCUGCUUCCUGAGGUUAAAAAGGUUCUUGUGGAUCCAAUUCCUGAGGUACGUUCUGUAGCAGCAAGGGCUGUUGGGUCGCUUAUCAGAGGAAUGGGAGAUGAGAAUUUCCCAGAUCUUCUUCCAUGGCUAUUCGAAACUCUAAAAUCUGAUACAAGCAAUGUUGAAAGGUCUGGAGCUGCUCAGGGAUUAAGUGAGGUUUUAGCAGCUCUUGGGACAGAGUACUUUGAGAAUGUACUUCCUGAUCUCAUUCGUCAUUGUUCUCAUCAAAAAGCAUCAGUCCGGGAUGGCUACCUUACGCUUUUCAAGUUCUUACCAAGGUCCUUGGGUGCUCAAUUCCAGAACUACUUACAGCUUGUGUUACCGGCCAUUCUGGAUGGUCUUGCCGAUGAGAAUGAAUCUGUUCGUGAUGCAGCCCUGGGGGCUGGCCAUGUACUGGUGGAGCACCAUGCAACAACGUCUCUGCCUCUUCUUCUUCCAGCUGUGGAGGAUGGUAUUUUUAAUGACAAUUGGCGAAUCCGUCAAAGUUCUGUUGAAUUGCUUGGGGAUCUACUGUUCAAGGUUGCUGGUACAUCCGGUAAAGCUCUGCUGGAGGGUGGAAGUGAUGAUGAAGGUGCAAGUACUGAAGCACAAGGUCGUGCGAUUAUUGAUAUUUUAGGGAUGGACAAGCGGAAUGAAGUUCUUGCUGCCUUAUAUAUGGUCCGGACUGAUGUUAGUUUGUCUGUUCGUCAGGCGGCACUACAUGUAUGGAAAACCAUUGUAGCAAACACACCAAAAACGUUGAAGGAAAUAAUGCCAAUUUUGAUGAGUACCUUAAUCUCUUCUUUAGCAUCACCAUCCUCUGAGAGGCGGCAGGUAGCAGGAAGAUCACUUGGAGAGCUGGUCAGGAAGCUUGGUGAAAGGGUGCUUCCUCUUAUCAUUCCAAUUUUAGCUAAAGGACUGAAAGAUCCUGAUGUUGACAAAAGACAAGGUGUAUGCAUUGGCCUGAAUGAAGUGAUGGCAAGUGCUGGGAGGAGCCAGUUGCUGAGUUUCAUGGAUCAGCUCAUUCCCACCAUUCGGACAGCACUUUGUGAUAGCGCUGUUGAGGUUCGUGAAUCUGCUGGACUAGCAUUCAGCACCCUGUACAAGAGCGCUGGGUUGCAAGCAAUGGAUGAGAUUAUCCCAACUCUUAUGGAAGCAUUAGAGGAUGACGAAAUGUCUACUACUGCCCUAGAUGGGCUUAAACAAAUUAUAAGUGUUAGGACAGCAGCUGUUCUUCCACAUAUCUUACCCAAGCUUGUCCAUCUUCCUCUCUCUGCCUUAAAUGCGCAUGCUAUUGGCGCCUUAGCUGAAGUUGCUGGUACUGGUUUCAACACUCAUCUUGGGACCAUACUUCCUGCUUUGCUCUCUGCAAUGGGAGAUGAAAACAAGGAAGUUCAAGAAUUGGCACAAGAGGCAGCACAGAGGGUGGUACUUGUCAUUGAUGAAGAAGGCGUUGAGACUCUAUUAUCAGAACUUCUCAAAGGAGUGUCUGAUAGUCAGGCUUCAAUAAGAAGAAGUGCUUCCUAUCUGAUCGGUUACUUCUUCAAGAGUAGCAAGCUUUACUUGAUUGAUGAAGCUCCAAACAUGAUAUCUACUUUGAUUGUUAUGCUCAGUGAUUCUGAUUCAACAACUGUUGCGGUUUCGUGGGAAGCUUUGGCUAGGGUUAUUGGCUCAGUUCCAAAGGAAGUACUUCCUUCGUAUAUUAAACUUGUACGCGAUGCUGUAUCUACAGCUAGGGACAAAGAGCGUAGAAAGCGAAAGGGAGGAUAUGUUGUUAUUCCUGGUUUAUGCCUCCCUAAAUCCCUUAAGCCGUUACUUCCAGUAUUUCUACAGGGUCUAAUUAGUGGAUCAGCUGAAUUAAGAGAACAAGCUGCACUUGGUCUUGGUGAGCUUAUUGAAGUUACUAGCGAGCAAGCAUUAAAGGAGUUUGUCAUACCGAUAACAGGGCCUCUUAUUCGAAUCAUAGGAGAUCGGUUUCCAUGGCAGGUCAAAAGCGCUAUCUUGGCUACAUUAAUCAUCCUAAUACAAAGGGGUGGGAUGGCGCUUAAGCCAUUCCUCCCUCAACUUCAAACAACAUUUGUCAAGUGUCUACAAGACUCUACUAGGACCAUCCGUUCUAGUGCUGCGCUUGCCCUAGGAAAGCUAAGUUCAUUAAGCACAAGGAUUGACCCAUUAAUUGGGGACUUGAUGACAAGUUUCCAGGCUGCAGAUUCUGCGGUACGUGAGGCCAUCCUGUCUGCCAUGAGAGGUGUAAUAAAGCAUGCUGGGAAGAGCAUUGGGGCAUCUGUUAGAAUACGCAUUUUCGAUCUCCUAAAGGAUCUUAUGCACAGUGUUGACGACCAAGUUCGUAUUUCUGCCACAAGCAUGCUGGGUGUUUUGUCACAGUAUUUGGAAGCUGCCCAACUCAAUGUUCUGCUUCAGGAAGUCAGAGAUUUAUCUGCUUCACCAAAAUGGAGUGCUAGGCAUGGCUCAGUUCUCUGUAUUGCCUCUUUGCUGAAGCACAAUCCUUCAACCGUUAUGACAUCUUCACUCUUUUCUUCAAUGUUGAAUUCUCUUAAGAGCUCUUUGAAGGAUGAGAAGUUUCCGUUACGUGAAACCUCGACAAAGGCCUUGGGAAGGCUCUUGCUACAUCAACUAGCAACGGAUCCUUCCAACACAAGAGUUGUUAUCGAUAUCCUUUCAUCAAUAGUCUUAGCUUUGCAUGACGAUUCAAGUGAGGUCCGAAGAAGAGCACUCUCUUCACUGAAAGCUUUUGCAAAAGCUAACCCGACAGCAACCAUGGCAAAUGUGAGCGUUAUCGGGCCUCCUCUUGCUGAAUGUUUGAAGGAUGGGAGCACACCAGUAAGACUUGCUGCAGAGAGAUGUGCUUUGCACGUGUUCCAGUUAACAAAGGGUGCAGAAAAUGUUCAAGCAGCUCAAAAAUAUAUUACAGGAUUGGAUGCCCGACGGUUAGCGAAGUUACCUGAACACAGCGACGACAGCGACGAUAGUGAAGAUGAGAAUGGAAGUGGGUAG